AUGCAGAACAGCAGCAGCAGCAGCAACAACAACCAGGAAGAAAGCCCCCCGCUGCUGCCGGUGGCGCCUAUAAGCAAACGCCGUGUUGCUGCGGGGGCCCCCAGGGGCCUCCAGUUUGUUCCGCUGCCACCAAAGGCUGAGCUGCAGCAGCUGCAGCAGCAGCAGCAGCAGCAACUACAGCAACCGCUGCAGCAUCAGCAAGAGCAGCACGAGCAGCAGCUCCAACAGCAGCAACAGAAGCAGCAGCAGCAGCAGCGAGAAAGACAACGAGGACUGGAAGCCUAUGGAUUCUUAGCUAAGAGAAGCCUGCAGGAUGGGGACCAGCAGCAGCAGCAGCAGCAGCAGCAACGGCAGCAGAAGCACCGUCACAUUUUGGGUAAUUUUUCUGGGGUGCCUUUCAGCCAAGAGCAGCAGCAUCAGCAGCAGCAUCAGCCGGAGCAGCAGCAGCAAGAGCAGCAGCAGCAGCAGCAGCAGCAGCAGCUGCAUGCAGAUAUUAUCGAAGCUGCUGCUCCUUGCUACCAAAACCUUCUGAUGGGGCCCCAGGGGCCCCGUCCCUUCGCUCCUAGCGUUGAUCUCCUUGCAGAGCAGCUGGCGCUGCUGCAGCUGAGGGCAGACCUCUCUGCUGCUGCUGCUGCUGCUGCUGCUGCUGGAGGUGCUGCUGCAGGUGCUGGUGCUGCAGGUGCUGGCUCUCAAAGCAGCAGCAGCAGCAGCAGCAGCGGACUGCCUAUGGGAGAGAAGUCGUCAGUUUGCUGCAAGACAAAAGGAGAACAAGGAGGAGGCAGCAGCAAUGCUGGGCUUACAGGGUGUAAGCAGCAGCUGCAGCAGCAGCAGCCGGUAAAGCCAGAGCCUCAUGCUGCUGCUGCUGCUGUUGCUGCUGCUGCUUCUGAGGCUACCGAUGCAGCAGAUGCUGCAGGUGCUGCUGAUGCUUCUGCAGCAAAUGCAGAGGAAACAGAUGCCGCAGCAGCAGCAGCAAUGCUUAGCGAUGCAGCAGAAGCAGAUUUACCGGGGAUAGGUGUAGCAGCAGCAGCACCAUUUGCUGCUGCACCAGCAGCAGCAGCACCUCCUGCAAGGACAGCAGCAGCAGCAGCAGAAAGUCUGUCUCGCUUUGCCUUUGGAGCAGCAAAUUAUGAAGUGCCACCGGGAGAAGCCGCAGCUGCUGCUGUUGCUGCUGCUUCUGCUGCUGCUGAUGUUGCUGCUGCUACAGGGCCGGACAGCAAUUGCUGCAGCAGCAGCAGCACCAGCAGCAGCCGCAGUGUGUCAAGUAGUCAGAGUAGUACUUGCAGCAGCAGCAGGGCGAGCAGCAGCAGCAGCAUUCCCCUUGUGGACGUGCGACCCCUCAGCAGCAGCAGCAGCAACAGCAGCAGCAGCAGCAGCAAGGGUGUGCCUUUGGCGCUGCCUCCUUUAGCUGCUGAUCGGGUGCAGCAAGUUGUCUCUGUUUGCGGUGUCUCUAUUCCUUUUCAUUACUCGCGGCUGCUGCAGCCGCAGCAGCAAAUCAUGGAGCGCCUUGUUAAAGCCUGCAUGCAGCAGAAGCACCUCAUAUUGGAUGGGGUGGAUUGCCGUGCUGCAGCACGACUUGUAGAGAAGCUGCGGAGGAAGCAGCAUGCAGAGUUGCGUUUUGCUGUUGCUGCUGCUGCUGCCGCUGCUGCAGAAGAGGAUUCGAAGCAGCAGCAGCAGCAGCAGCACAACGCAGCUCCGCCUGCAUGGCUGCAGAAGCUAGGGAGGAGGGCAGUGGGCUUAACAGAGAAGCAGCAACAGCAGCAGCAGCAAAUUGUAAAUGCUGUUGCUGCAAAGCAGCAAGAGCUGCUGGAGGUUGCUUGUAGCUCUCCGCUGCCUCCUUCGGUUGCUGCUUCUUCUGCUCCAGCAGCAGCAGCAGCAACAGCAGCAGCAGCAGCAACAACAAAGACAGAAGCAACAGCUUCUCAAGGAGACGGAGCCGAUAUUCGCGUACUGUUAGGGGGAAGACCAGCAUCUCCAUCAUCAUCAUCACAAGAAGCAGCAGCAGCAGCAGCAGCACCAGCAGCAGCAGCAGCAGCAGCAGGUGGAUGCUGGCUGUGCCCUCACUAUGUGCGUCUCUCUGACCCGAUGUACGCCGCUCAACUCGCAGCCACAGCCUUCGCUCCAGUUGUUGCUGCAGCACCCCCCGAAACCCCAGCAGCAGCAGCAGCAGCAGCAGCAGCAGGAAAGGCGGAGAUCAAGGGAGAAGACGGCGCUGGUGGCUGCUACAGCAGCAACUGCAGCAGCAGCAGCAGCAGGUGCCAAAGUGUGCUCGACAUUGAGGCCCUUUCCGCUGUUACUGCAACCUGCAGCACCCGCAGCAUCAGCAGCAGCAUCAGCAGCAGCAGCAGCAGCAGCAGCAGCAGCAUUGAGGAGGUGGGUGGCUGCGCUUACUACAGCAGCCAGGCCUUAGCUCAGGGUGCUGAUGUAGUUGUCUGCCCCUACGCAUUUGUCUUCGAUCCCGGAGUUGCUAGAAGAACUAAGCUUGCUUCUAUUCUACCAGGAAGCGUGGUGAUAGUUGAUGAGGGGCAUAACAUAGAAGACGUCUCGAGGGAGAUCGGCAGCAUUGAUAUAACAGCGCAGCAGCUGCUGCAGCUGCUGCGGUGGAUGCAGUCUCUGGAGAGGCUGCAGCUGUCUCCUGCAGCAGCAGCAGCAGCAGCAAGAAGGGACACGAGGGCCCAGCAGCUGCUGCAGCGCCUUGCUCUCCAUGCAGGUCGGCUUGCAGCACCAAUCGAAAAGAUAAUAGCAACAGCUGCUGCUGCUGCAGCAAGUCAAGAGCUGUUGCAGCGAGCAUUGCAGCAGCAGCAGCAGCACUUCAUUAGGGAGGAGCUGCAACGCAGCACUCGCAUGCGCAACAACAGCAGCAGCAGGCGGGGCCCUGGAUCAUCAUCAUCUGCAGCAGCAGCAGCAGCAGCAGCAGAAGAGGAAGAACCUAAGAUUUCUUUAGAGUUGCUUUGUUGGGGCGGUGGCAGCGUAGAGGGUGCUGCUGGGUUUGCUGCUGCAGCAGGGCUUACAGCAGAAGCAGCAGCAGCACUAAACGAAAGCGUCGAGAUUCUGUCUCUCUGCAGCACGGAGGCAUUUGAACUUCUGGGGGGACACCCAGCAGCAGCAGCAGCAGCAGCAGCAGGCGACGGGAUGCAGCAGCUAGAACAGCUUAUGUUUUGUCUCUCGCUGCUGUCAAGGCAUCCCACAGCUUAUGCUGCAACCAUUCGCUUGGCUGCUGAUAGACAUUUCCUUGCUGCAGCAGCCACAAAGCAACAGCAGCAGCAGCAGCAGCAGCAGCAGCUGCAGCAAGAAGAUGCUCUCUCUAGGGUGUCUGUACACCUCUGGCUGCUGCUCCCUGCUGUUGUUUUCUCAAGAGUAGCAGAGAAAGCUCGCACCCUCGUUCUUGCUUCUGGCACUCUAGCGCCCUUCGACGCCUACGCGUCGGAGUUGGGUACAGCAUUUAUGAAGCGAUUGUUAGGGCCCCCUCUUGAAGCGCAGCACGUAAUAUUGCGGGAGCAGCUGCGAGUAAUUGCUGUUGCUGCUUUACCAGAUGCAACAGCAGCAGAGCCUCUAGCAUCUGCUGGAUCGACAGCAGCAGAAGCAGCAGAGCGUCUGCAGCUGCUGCAGCAGCAGCAGCAGCAUCGCCACACUACCCGCGAGCAGGAGCUACGCUGCUUAGCAGCAAAUCUCAACAACCCUUUGUUUAUGUCUAACUUAGGAAGAGCAGCAGCAUAUCUGCUGCAGUGUGUGCCUGGAGGAGUGCUGCUCUUCUUCCCGAGCUACGGUUUGCUGCAGCUUGCGCAGCGCGUAUGGAAACGUGAACCCAUGUGGCAGCAGCAGCAGCAGCAGCAGCAGCAGCAGCAGCAGCAGCAGGGGAGGAGGAAGCUGGGUAUGCUGCAGCAGGGAAAGACAACCAUAUGGAAUGUGCUGCUGCAGCUGAAGAAGCGGGUGUUAGUAGAGACACCGUCAGGAGCAGCAGGAGCAGCAGCAGGAGCAGCAGGAAGCGAAGGAGCAGAGGUACAGCAGCAGUUUGUUGCUGCAGUGCAGCAGCAAGGACAUGCGCUGCUGCUCGCUGUUUAUAGAGGCAAACUCAGCGAGGGUUUGUCGUUUAAUGAUAGCUUUUGUCGAGGCGUCUUCUGUGUGGGGCUGCCAUACCCAGCAUUAGGAGACCCUAAAGUAAUUAAGAAGAGACAGUUUAAUGAUGCAUGCAACGCUCGCUACCUCCAGCAGCAGCAGCAGCAGCAGCAACAGCAGCAGAAGGGGAAGCAGCAGCAGCACGAGAAGCAGCAGCAGCAAAAACUGCUGCAGCAAACACAAAUGGUUAACGGAUCCAGGUGGUAUGCAAUGCAGGCCUAUAGGGCACUCAAUCAAGCAGCAGGAAGAUGCAUCAGACACCUGGGUGACUAUGGCGUCGUUGUGCUGCUGGAGAGCAGACACAAACCUUCUUGCGGAGACUUAUGCCGCUGGCUGCUGCCGCAUUUAUCAUUUGAAAGCUCUCUAUGGCCGGUGCUGCUGCAGCUGCAUCACCACUUCCAGCUAGCUCCUGCUGCUGCUGCUGCUGCUGUUGCUGCUGCUGCUAAUGCUGGUGCUGCUGCUGGUGAUGCGGCUGGUAGUGGUGGGGGUGGUGGUGGUGGUGCUGCUGCUGCUGCUGCAGCAGCAGACAGAAAGGCCUUAACACACAUCUCUGCUGCUGAUGCUCACGCUCCUGCUGCUGCUGCUGCUGCUGCUGGCAGCGCGGCUUCCACUGGUGAGCCCCAAAUGAAACAGCAGCAGCAGCAGCAACAGAAGCACUAUACUGUCAGACAGCAGCAGCCGCAGCAGCUGCAGCAGCAACAGCAGCACUUCCCGCAGCCACACCACCUGGUCAAGCAGGAACAGCUGCAGCAGCAGGCGACACAGCAGCCGCUACAGCAGCAGCAGCAACAGCAGCAGCAACUGCAGCAGCAGCAGCAACUGCAGCAGCAGCAACCACUCUGGUCCUCUCAACCGCCGUUGCAGCAGCUGCCACAACCGCAUUUUGCCUCAGCAGCAGAUAUCUUGAAGGAGCAGCAGCAGCAGCAGCAGCAGCACCGCUCCUCAGCACCAAGCCUGCUGCUGUCAGCAGCAGCAACUCAACCGCAGGUGCCUCCAGCAGCAACACAGCAGCAGGUCUCGACUGUCUCCAUCAAAGCACCACCAGCAGAAGCAGCAGCAGCAGCAGCAGCAGCAACAGCAGCAGCAACAGCAGCAGCAGCAGAAGCAGCAGCAAAAGAAGAGUGGUUGUCUAAGGAGGAAACAGAUGAUUUGCUGGCGGCAUUUGACUGA